UAUCUGGGUUGACAUGUGAUUUUGUUGUUGUUUUACUUCCGUACCGUGCGUACAAAAAAUAUCAAUAAUCACAUACCGUGCCGCUUAAUAGAUACAAAAUUCAUUGUUAGGACGUCCCGACCUUUGUAUUAGUAUCAUCAGCAUUACGACUACUUAAUUUUGACUUUCGUCGGUCCUGAAGUGUCAUUCAUGUGUUGACCACCCCUUAAACAACGGUGGAUUUGAGAAACAUUUUGGCAUGUUUGGCCGGUUAUUUUAUGCCAAGUCCUAGAAAAGGUAGCCUGUGAAAGAAUGGAAAGAGAAAUAGAUCACCAACGCAUUGAUGGUACUUCUGCAAUGACAGAUGUGGCAGUGGACGCAUCGUCAGAAACACGUCCUCAAAAAACUGCAGCAGCCCUGGCAGCUCUGUCCAUGUCAAUGCCGUCGUCAGUUAACGAUCCAGACGUCCAAUCGUUACCCAGGGAAAUUGUCGACGGCCAGCCGGAGGCCAGUACCUUGAUGACAUCUACCCCGAAUUCCUCCUCCGCAGCACAGCGACCCAGGAAUUUACCCGGUAGACUGGUUGCUGCGCCGGGUACCAGCGGCCAACACAGGAGCUCGGGUUACAGUGCCAGCAGUCUUGGCGUGGGUACGUGCGUGAAUGUCGCUGUGGAGGAUCCGGCCGGGGAAGAGAUCACUCUCAGAGCACCGAUUGUUGGCUAUGAAGUCAUGGAACAGAGAGCUAAAUUCACGGUUUUCAAGAUCCUUGUCCGAAAGUCAGAGCAGGACAGCUGGUUCUUAUUCCGCAGGUAUACAGAUUUUGUGCGAGUCAACGCAAAGUUGCGACAUAUCUUCCCCAUCUUCAGACUGGCCUUGCCACCCAAGAGGUGGUUUGGAAGCAACUUUGAUCCCAACUUCCUGGAGGACCGGCAGCUGGGCCUGCAGGCUUUCAUCGAUAACAUCAUUGGUCACAAAGAUAUCGUACUUAGUGGUCCAGUGAGGGAGUUUCUCUGUCUAGACGAUCCGCCCGGCCCCUACGAUAAUCUAGAGGAAAGUAGGGCAUUGUGUGAGUCGUUGGAUGAGACUGUGUACAACCUCCGCCUGGAAUUAGCCGAACGAGACCGUCAGAUUGUUUCCCUGAGUGCCGAACUAGAAACUGCUCAAGAACACAUCAGUCAACUGCAAAACAGCAGUGGUGGUAAGAGUAAAACUGAGAACGUUCCGAACUCCUCCACCCCAGUCUCUGGUGAAAGCUCGACCAUAGAGGGCGACCUUCAUUCCCAAGCCGAGGCCGAUCAGUCGAUGUCAUUUCCACAGUCAGAAAUUCAGCAUAGUCCAGAAACGUCGCUCAACAAGGGUUCAAUUUCAGCCAACGACACAGAAAGCAAGGCUUCCCCGACACCAAGGAAGGGGACCGGUCACAAACAGGGUGGGACGAGACAGGACGACCAACAGACAAACAACAUCAUCAGUGUCACAUAGUCGGCAACAAAGGGUCCUCCUGCACGAAGGGAAUCGCCAGAGAUUGACUGGAGGUAAGCAAUGGUGCUGGGGUGGCUGGUAAACCAUGGAAGCAUCCCCACUAAAAACUGCAAGGUUGUUAAAAAUCAGGGUUGGAAAACUUAAAUAUUCCUCCAAAAUGCCCCUUUUUGGGGUGGGAAAUAAGAUCCGAUAAACUUUUGGUUUUUUUAGUUCCAGCAGUGCUUAAAAUAUUCAUGUAAUGUUGUACAUGAAAAGGGUGAUUUUUUUUUUCAUUUUGUGUGUUUGUUUUGUCUUUUGGUGCUGUUUUGUUUUGUGCAAGUGCAAUUUGGUACGUGAGCAAUCUAUGUGAUGUAUCUGUGUUUUUCUAAAGUAAACACAUUUCCAACAUCGACCAGCAGUAAGAUUUUGGUAAUUACCAUACAGGCCUCCUAUGUAUGUACGCCUCUCUGCAUUUUCGGGAUUAAAUAAAACCGAAAGAUUUAUGAUUUCUGUUGUCAAGUAUUGUUAACAUUUGAAUAUGUAAAACAGGGUCAUAUCAAUCAGUUAAGGCCAAAAGGUCAUCUGAGGUCAAUGCCAGAGAUAUAUUAGCGCUUUUCUUAAAUUUGCGUUAAACCAAGCUUAAAAAAGUUUGGUCGUUUGAGAAAACUUGAAAUUUGGAUGUCAUUUUGAUAUCAACAUGCACUGCCAGUAAUAUCAGAUAAAGAUGAUUUUUAUUUAAAUUAAAGCUCUUAACGUAAAAAAGUAUCUGCUUUGCUUCCAAUUCAGUGAAGCAGAAAUUGAGCGAAGUAAACAUUAAGUAAAGGAUGCUUUCAACCAGUGCUGAUCUCACAAUCUUUUCCGCUUUAAAAAAAACCAAAAUGUUUUAUGUAACUUCAGUAGAUCACAAAAUUAUUUUUGAUAUAGAUUCAUCUUUUCAGUCUUGAAAGUUCAUCGACAUAAGUCAAAAGUUCAUUAAAUAUCUCGCAUACCGCAUGGCCCAAACUAAUACAAUUUUGGAUUUGGGGUUUUCUAAUCAUUACGACCAAACUUUUCUAGCCAAUUUAAGGAGAAUCUGAGAGUAGCGAUGAUUGUCACAAAUUACCCAUCAUGCACUCUUACCUACAUGUAUAUAUAUUAAAAGGUUAACAAUAUCUGUGAAUGCACAAUAGCGUUUAAUCAAAAAAGCACCUUCACAACAAUGCAAUGAAAUAUAACAAUUUGUAUAAAAGUAUGUCUUAAAAGUGCCUGUAAAGUAUCGAACAAGGAUAAAAAUGAAUAUCAACUUAUAUUUUGUGGUUCUUAAAUUUUGCUAUUACUUAAAAAUGCAAACAGCUGUGUAUAUUUGAAAAAUAACCUGUCUUGCCUUUUGAUUUUUCAAUUAAUAUAUGUAAUUUGAGUCACGUUUAACAAAGCAAUGCUUACCUGUGAGUAGUACACUUUCUGGAACCACUAUAGACGCCGUGCACAAACAUAGAGGGCGCUCUUUGACCUCUUUUGAGAGCACCCAUGGGAAGGACACACAAUGUGUGCGCUCUUGUAUGGCUUUACGUUCGAGGACAGACACACAAAAAGAGAACAAAAGAUCCAUUCAGUCCUCGAGCGUUGGGUUUUUUGUUUAAAAUGGUCCUCGAUCAUACGGUUAUGUGCUUAGUCUAUGGGAGAGUGUUAUAUUACAGGGACAAAGGGGAACACAAAGCAUUGUCCUCGAGCAUAUAGAAAUUCACGACCGUGCGUACUGGUUCGUGUACUUGUGCCACACAGUAUGUGCUUUUGUUGUGAAAAAAAUGUGCACAACCCCAUAGCGCUUUGGCAUGAGCGUCAGGCGCCCUCUGCAAUGCGUUUAAACAUGAGGCCCUCCCAACUCUCCAUUUAUAAACAUUGAGGGGGUACUUGUGCACGGAGCCUAUAAUGCCAUUAACCAAUUCGCGUCGGAGGACGUAAUAACACUCACUGGCUGUAUUGUGUGAAAACAUCAAGAUUGCCUCGACUCGCCUCCGCGUGAUUCCUCGUGUCUUUUGUACACACGUACAAAGUCUGUGAAGGCGUGAAGUCUGUGGAGGCGGACCGUGUGUUGAUCUUGAAUUGGCCGUUGUGCACCGUUGUACAAUUUACGCUCAAGUGCACACCACGGAGUAUUGUAACAUAUGAGGUUUUGGCAAGAAAUAUCGUACAAACACAGUUGAAAUGACUCUUGCGAAUCAGCAUCUGUGGCGUUUGGCUGUUUAUCAGAAGUUGGCUAAAAAAUUUCUCCUUUGGCGAAAUUUUUGGCAAAAAUAAUCUCGGCGCGAAGUGGUCAAGGCAAUCUGUUGUAGGGUAUAAUUUAUGUGGUGUUAUGUGUUUUUUGAGUACACUGUACAUGUAUUAUAAACCAAUUAUCGAGCGAUGGUUUAUUGUGUAACAUUGCAAUAGAUUUUAAAUAAUUAACAGUGAAUAUUUUUAGUGUUAUAAAUCCUGAGAAUUUUCAUGAGCCAAGAAAAGAUCGAAGUUGGCGAGGGGGAAAUACAGGGAAAAUUUACAUCACUUUUUCAUGACUGCUUUCUUGUGGCUUCGGUUUGUUCUGCUGGAACACUUCAAGUUUCAGCCUUGGAUUCCAUCUCGGCAAACCAAGCAGAUUUGGUGCUUAUAAAAAAGGUAUUUGUGCUUA